CUGUAAACAAUCAGCGGAAAAGUAAUGACAGCAAUUUUUUAAAUACACCGAUUUUUAGAUAAUAUAUGAACUAAAACGCAAUUUAAUUGCCAAAUUUCAGUAAAUAAACCACAAACAAACAUUCCCAAGCCCGUUUUAUCACCACGAUCAAAUAAAAGUUUUUCCUGCAAUUAUGGACUUAUUACAAGAACUAAACGAAGCUAUAACCGCAAAAAAUAAGGCGGUGAUUAAGUCGGCCCUAACCAAAAUCAUAAACGAAACUAUAACAUUCGAAUUAAAAGGACCAAGCGCUUUCGUAGCUCUCCUUUCAAUGCAAGAUCCCGAAAUUAUCGAACUUACGUUUCAAUGCAUAGCCGAAUUGGCUAAAGAAGAUCAAAAUCGUAAAGCUUUUACAGACGAAGUCCUUAUAAUGCAUUUAAUAAAAAAAUGUUCCACUUUAAAUUCAACAAAUAUUUUCCAUUUCGUUCGUGCACUUGGAAAUAUUACCUAUGAAAAUGAUCAGGCUCGAAGUAUUAUUGGAGUUGAAGGAUUAAAAAGCGUUUUUGAAGAACUUAAAGAAAUCGUGUUGGCUUGGACUCCAACGGACGAUUUAGCUUUAUUAACUGCAAUAUUUGGGUGUUUAUUAAACAUAAUUAUGGGUGAAGAUGAAUUACAAAAGUGUUUAUAUCAAGCGGACGUUUUAACUGUAUCAGAAAAAGUAUUACAAUUUAUCUCAGGGCAAUUUUUGAAGUACGAAGACUGUAUUUCUUAUAUAGUUCAUAUAAUUAGUUAUGUUACGGAUCAUAUGGUCGACGAAUGGAUUACCACUAAUUUGUGUGUUUUAUUGGUUAACAUUUUAAAGGUUUCUGAGAACCCGGAAAUUUCAGUAUUGUGUUUAGGUAUUUUGAGGCAACAAUCUGAAAAUGAUGACUUAAAAACUUGUUUAGCUAUUAAUGGAACUUGCGAAUUAAUAUAUAAUUUAGUAGAGCGAUAUGGAAAUGAAGUUAAUGAUGAAGAAAGUAGAGCAGCUUUAAAAAUCGCUUGUGAUUUAAUCGUAUUAAUAUUAACUGGGGAUGAAGCAAUGAAUUUGUUGUACGAUAACGGAAACGGAAUAGUUUACGAGCAAAUGAUAACGUGGAUGGAUUCUUCAGAUCCCGAUUUAGUAAGCACGGCUGUUUUGGCAAUCGGAAAUUUCGCUCGAAGUGACGCUCAUUGUAUUAGUAUGGUGGAAGGGGAAUUAUUUCGAAAAUUAAUUGCUCUUUUAGCAAAAAAUAACAAAAAGGACGCAGACAUUAAGAUACAACACGCGCUUUUGAGCACGUUGCGCCAUUUAAGCAUUCCUCCGCAAAAUAAAUUUAAAUUAAUUCAAGAGAAUAUAAUCGAAAUUAUGUACGAAAUGAUCGACAUCGAAACUUCACCAGUUGUUUUUAAAUUAAUGGGAACAUUUAGAAUGUUAGUUAAUGGACAAGAAUCAACAGCUCGUUUAUUAAUAAAUCGAAAACCAUUUUUAGAAAAAAUAGGUUAUUGGUGUUAUAAUUCCGAUCAUGUCGGUGUUAGAGCGGAAGCCCCAAGACUUUUAGUUUGGUUAAUAAAAAAUUGCAACUCGGUUGAUGCAUUUCCGAUGAUUUUAACAUUGCCGAAUUGCAUUCGAUGUUUAACCGAUAUGUUAUGUGCCCUACACGGCGUAAUGCAAAACGAAGCUUUAUUAGCGUUGAAUGUUUUAUGUGAAUUUUGUUUAUUAUCAAAACCGAAUGUUGAAGUGGUUGAUCCGAUGGCGAAAGGUUCGGAUAAAUCGUUGAAUUAUUUUUCGCAUGGCCAAACGUUUAAUAUGUUUGUAAAAGCUGAUUUGGGAAAAAAUUUGGUGUUUAUGAUUGAGAAGUAUCACGAAAAAUUAACCGUUGAUAUAAUUAACGGUGUUUUAUCGUUGAUUGAUACUUUAUCGAAAUCGACGGAAAUGAAUCGAUAUUUGAAAUCGUGCAGUAUCGAAAAGGCUUUGCCGUUAUUGUUGGUGAAUGGGGAACUUGAUAAAGUUAAACAUAAAGUGGAUGAUUUAACAAAGGCUUUUCAAAAAUAAAUAAACAAAGAAUUUAUUAAUUAA